AUGGAGAUGGAUUCGGCGGCGGAGGAAUGGCGGCGGAAGGAGCGGGAGGCGGCAAGGCGCACCGAGACGAUGGAGGUGGAGAAGGAAGCCAGAGGGGAGGGUAAGGUCUGGAGGGGAGGCGUGGAAGCGGAGGAGGAGGCGGAGGACGGGGGCGGGGGAGACGUGUACAAGUGGGAGAAGGGCGGAGCGAUCGGUCGGAACUGGAGGAUGCAGAUGCAGGGGCACCAGAGGCAGCCGUUCGAGGCGGGGCACCGCCCGUUCUGGAGGCCGAGAGGCGGAGGCUGGAGCGGGAGGGAAGGCGGGAGAGGAGGGUUUCAGUUUCAGCGCCACCCUUGGAAUCAGCGGCACCAAAAAUCAGACAUCUCUAACAAUCCUGGAGUAUAUGGUGGUGCAGUUAUCAUCUGCAAUCAUGAGAUUAAGCGGCAAUUCUUCGAACAGAAACAUUUUGCCCUACCUGGUUAUGCUGCAACUUUUAUAAAGAAGAUCAGAGCUGGUAUGCUUCUCUUUCUGUUUGAGCAUGAGGAGAGAAAACUCUAUGGAGUGUUUGAGGCAACUUCAGAUGGAGCACUGAACAUUCUUCCUGAUGCAUGUGCUUCAUUGUGCAAGCUUCGACCAGCUCAGGUUCUUUUCAGAAGAGUUUGGUUUUGUAAGCCCCUAACUGAAGCUGAAUUUUCUGAUGCCAUUAAAGGAUAUUGUCUCCAGCCUCAAAGGUCCUUCUUUGGUAUAUCAUACCAACAGGUUCUGAAUCUUGUGGACUUAUUUUCUUCAAGAAUGAUCAGGCUUCAACCCUACCAAAAACCAAAAUCAAAAGUUUUAUGGGACUACAAAAUCUCUCUGGCUCGUACUGGUCGAGAAUUCAGGUUAUACACUCAUAGCAAUGGUUUUAGUCGUCCGCCUUCUAUGUUCUGCAACAACAGAAUCUCUUUACCACACAUUCCAUUCAUGCAUGCCAAAUACAAUGGCCAGCAUCCUGCUCAUAAACAUGAGUCCCCUCUACACCCUUGCCCUAAGCCUGUGGUCUUCAAGUCGCCAGAUAUCAUAGAAAAAAACAAGCCAGACGAUGCUGAUUAUAUACCGCUUGAGCUAGAUGAUUGCAACUCUGACAGUGAUGGAAAUCAGUCAGCUUUGAUGGGGACUGUAAGCUUCCAUUCAACAAUGGAGAGUAACAUCAGUUGUGAAGAUCAAGUUCCCAAACCAUUUAAUGGAAAACACACUGAGGAUGAUAGGUGUUGUUCACCUGUGCUGAACCAAAGGUUCGUUUCUGAAAGUGAAACUGGUCAGAACAAUGUAACUCUGCACAUUAUGAAAGGGAGCGAAUCAGAGUUGCAGGCCAAGGGGUGCAAACAAAAGGGAACCAUUCAACUUGAACUCUCAGAUGUCUUACCCCCAACGAGAGCUUGCAGUUUGGCAAAAAUGGUAUCAUUUAGCUUUGGUGGCAAUGGGAUUUCUGAUACUUCUGAUAAAUCAUCAUGCAUACCUACACUUGCUGGAAUACAACAGAACAGAGAAGCAGUUUUGAAAGAAAGGAAGGAACACAUUGGCUUUUUGGCCCGAGGUAUUCAGAGUGAGAGAGAUGCUUCAGCAAAGAGGAUGGAUUUUGGAAUGGUGAAGGCACAGAGUAAAGAGUGUGCAACCUUUGGUGGUGCAGUUUUUCUGUGCAACCAUCUGACCAGGAAGGAGUGCUUUGACAAGAAAAUUUUUGGCCUCCCUCGUUUCUGUGCUGAUUUUGUAGAGAAAGUUAAAGCUGGCACAACUUUAUUCUUAUAUGAUGUUGAUCAGUGUAAGCUUCAUGGUGUUUUCGAAGCAACUUCAGAUGGGGCUGUGAACAUUAUUCCUGUUGCAUAUGUCACAUCAGGAAAGGGUGAACUUCAAGAUGCUGUUCAGAACUAUUCUGUUAAAAACAAGUUUAGUUAUGGUUUGUCACACCAACAGGUUGCAAAGCUUCUCCAUUUGUUUUCUUCACAGAACAGGUUGCAGCUUCCUCAGAAUCCAAGAUUACAAGAUGAUCUCCCAGGGGACCUUGAGACUUCUUCUCUGGCUAAAGUAACUGAUGUGCAGUCCAGCCCAAACAGCAGUUCAUGUGGUUCAUUCAGAAGCACCUGUCAAACAUGUUCCUCCACCACUCUUGGGGAGCAUACAGCAUUGCUGGGUGAAAAAUUAACUGAUCCCGUGGCAUUAGUGCACAGAGGCAUACAAUCAGACAUCUCUGAUGUGGCUAAGUCCAAGAGAUCAAAAUCUCCGCUGCAAUCUGGAGCAGAUAUGGCCUCUGCCACCAUACCUGGCAACCAAGAAGCAAUGCAUGACCAAUCUACUGAUGACUAUAUACCUCUUCCCCAGGAGGAAGAUACUUUUGAAGGUGUUGAUGAUCUAUUUGCGUUGCUAAAAGAUGAGAACCACUCUUCUGAAUCUAAGGGUAGCAGUGACUCUGAGAACCAUACUACUUUCCACCAAGUUUGUAUUAGGAAAGAAGAUGAAUGCUAUCCACCCAUCUUAGAUUCCAAACUCCGUGCUGACAGUGAAGGGCGAACAAGUGUGUUUUCUCGGUUAGUGAGAAAGAAUGAAAUCUACAACCAUAGAAAAAGGUUCAAGACCGAAGCAUUUCCACCAAGGAGUGCUGAGUUUAGCAAUGCCCUUUCCCAGAGGAAAAAACAACGGAAGGCACAGCAUAACAGGCCAUUUCCAUGUCGUAAUGAUGGAAUGCCGGAUAUGCCUUCAGCUGAUGGGCUGAACAGAGCUCCAGCAUCUAAUCGUUCAUUUGUCUGGAGAAGAUCCACCAAGUCUUCUGUGGGAGAGCAGAGCGGAAUUCAGACAGGCCUGGUUCCAUUUCCAUGUGAGGAUGGAAAUAAACGGGGUGUAUCUAGCAAACAACCUGCCAGAUACAACACUUGUAAAAAGUCAUUUGUUCCUCAAGGUUGUCCAAAAUUGGUAGUCUCCUGUGACAAAGGAUUAAAUAUGCCCACAGUAUUUGCUGGAGUACCUGACUGCAAUGCGGACAAUGUUAAAGAAAUGAGAACCCCUUUCUUGAAUUGUAAGCAGCAUGCUAAGGUGGUUUGCAGUGAUGAUGUUGAGGGAGAAGGAAGGAAGAAGAAGAAGAGGCAAGCAACAGCAUCCUUCCAUCAAGAGUAUCCAAGUGACACUGCAUUGAUUCCUAAAGGCACCAAAACCAUGGCUAUGCUUGCAGUACCUGAUGAAAACUUUAAAGAAAAGAGCAUCACUUUGUCAUCUAAGGACACACAUACUCAGUUGGCUAUACCCUAUCUUGACGCCAAGGUGCUCCUGCAAGAUGAACAACAGCAAAGCUUUCAAGGCUGCUUUGAAUACAGUGAAGAUGUCACAUGUGAUUCAUCAUUGAUUCUUGAAGGUUCUAAAACUAUGGAGACGUUGGCUGAGCAGAGUUUUGGAGUUAGGAAAAGUUUAUUGAGUGAUGAAACUCAGAGUCACGUGGCUGCUGAUUAUUUGGGCACUGGAACAUCCUUCCAGCAGAAAGAAACACAGAGCAUUAGGAGCUGCUAUAGAGUGGUUAAUGGUGAUAAAAUAUUGCUCCUGGGAAAAUCUGAAACCAUGGAUUUCUUGCCUGGCCAUGAUGAAGAUUGUGAAAACAAGAAGAUUUUGCCUUCCGAUGAGAGUGAUAGGCUUGCUACCUCUUGUCAUCUGGAAACUGAAAUGCCCUUGCUGCAGAAACAAACCCCAAAUGUGCUGAGCUGUUCUGAAGUAGUUCAUGAUGAUGAAGUGCUGAUUCCAGAAAUCCCUGAAGUAAUGUCUCCUAAGUCCGAUACAGACUGUGGAAAUCAGGUUACGAGUUUGUAUUCUGGUUAUAGGGAAGAGGUAUGCCAUGUUGUUAAAAACUAUCAUGAAGUAGUCCCUAGCGAUGCUGUGUCAGAUCGUGAAGGUUGUGGACCUCUUAACAACUUCCCACCACUGCAUGGAGACAGUGCAAAAAAGAAUUUCUUAUUUGAUAAAACUUCAGAACAUGUGUCUACAGGUCACCAAGAUACCGUUAUGCUCCCUCAUGACGAACCUUACCACAGCUGUUGCGGUGAUACUUCGACUGUUCUGGAAUGUACCACUGUGGACACAGGUAGUGGGGAUGGAGGAAGUGAACACAAGAACUCUUGCGAUGAGAAAGAUGAUGAAACUUUGUAUUUGGUGACUGGUUCUAAAGACACUUUAUCAGGUGAUGGAAGUCGCAGUUGUGCACCUACUAAUGAUCAGGUAUGCAGCGAAGUCAUGCUGCUUAAAGAGGAGGGACAACACCAAAAUCUCCAAAGCAACUCCAAUUCAGUGGACUCCUUUGCAGUCUCAUCUGAAGGCUGUGGAAGCAAGAGUGGGAUAUCUGUUCCUCAGGUAGCUGAUCUUCCCGGAACAAACGCAGAGUCCAGGACAAGUUUCGUCAAUGACUUUUCAAGCGAAUCUGCCGAGACUUUCAGCGCUUCUGCUUUGGGCGGUGAAGAAGCUGACCGCAACGUCAACAGGUCGGAAGCCUACGCAGAGCCACCCAUACUUCAGCAUGAUCCUGGGGAAUCAAUGAAACAGCUGUGA